AUGAGUAAUCGACCAUAUCUCUUAUGGAUCGUAAUUUUUGCAAGUUUUUAUCUUACUAAUGGACUUCCAACUAAUGGAGAAAUUUCUUCUGCAAGAAAUUCGUUUGAUGAUAUUCGAGAGCGUUAUAGACGCCAAGCAGAGCUUAACACUUGUCCUGAUUCAUGUGCUUGUAUAUGUGCUUCAACUGAAGCGCCAACAACCGAAAGAAUAACAAGCGCAACAACGACAACAUCAACUUCAUCAACAACCUCAACAUCGACUUUAUCAACAACUUCAACAUCAGCCUCGACAACAACUACUACAAUAACCACAGCAACAACCGCAUCGACAACAUCAACAUCAACCUCUACAACAACUGCUACAACCACAACAGUAACAACAACAACUGAAUCGACGACAUCAACAUCAACAACAGCAACAACAACAACUGCAUCGACAACAUCAACAUCAACAACAGCAACAACAACAACUUCAUCGACGACCUCAACAGUAACAACAACAACUGUGUCGACGACAUCAACAUCAACAACAACAACUGGAUCAACGACAUCAACAACAGCAACAACAACAACCGAAUCGACGACAUCAACAACAAUAACUUCAUCGACGACAUCAACAGCAAUGACAGCAACAACAACAACAACCUCCACAUCAACUACAGUAAAUGGAACAACAACAACUGCUACCACUACAUCAUCAAUAUCAACCUUUACAACAACAGCAACAACAUCAACAACAACAACUGUAUCGACGACAUCAACAUCAACAACAACAACUGGGUCGACUACAUCAACAUCAACAACAUCAACAACAACAACUUCAUUGACGACAUCAACAGCAACAACAACAACAACUUCAUUGACGACAUCAACAACAACAAGUGCAUCAACAACAACAACAUCAACAACAACAACUUCAUUGACGACAGCAACAACAACAACAACUGCGUCGACGACAUCAACAUCAAUAACAACAACAUCUACAUCAACGUCUACAACAUCAACAGCAACUACAUCUUCAACAACAAGUACAUCUACAAGUACAACAUCAUCAAGUUCAACGGCAACGACUUCAACUUCAACUUCAACCACCACUACAACUAGUACAACAACUACAACUACACGUUGUUUUGAUAGAUGCUAUCAAGUAGACUGUGAAAGAGGCUACACAUGUAUGAUAGAUUGCCCGAAUACAACUUGUUCAACGCCAACUACAACAACAACAACAACAACAAUAGCAACAUCUGUUAGUUUAUCAACAUCAAAUUGUAGAGAAGUUGAAGAUGAAUUAAGACGAGUAAAAUUAGGUUUAGGUAUUGGUUUAGGUUCUGGUAUGUUACUAACUACUGGAUUAGCAAUUGGUACUUAUAUUUAUUUUUCCAGACAAGUUGCACAAUAUCCAUUAUCGUCAGCAUUAGGACCUGAACACUUAAUACGAUUUUAA